UAUUAUAAAUCUAAUGGUGAUUUUAAAAGUCACAUCACUUUUAAGGAUAAAAGGAGAACAAAAAUCUUCCUUAUAACAUUAUUUCAUUAGCUCAUAUGACUAAUCUAAUUUUAACAAAAAGCCAAAAUUAAGCUGACACACUAAUCAAAUCAAACAUUUGGCUCAACCGACAGUGAAAACCAGAAAGGCUGUCGUUAGGUUUCUAUCCAAGCCAACAGUGAACACAUCAUGUGGUUGAAGUUGAAGCUUUUCUAGGAAGUUCUUUAUGGUUAAAGCUUCCAUUUCUCAGGAACUUUGUGCCUUUAAUAUGUAGAGCACAUAUCAAACAACACAGCAGAAUGGAAAACAAGUUCCUCCUUCGAGAUGAAGCAAAGGUAGCAUCCUUUGAUAGAAGACAUGGUCAGACUCACAAGGAAAUAAGGGCUAAGGCUAGCUCCCUUUCUUCGUCUUCUUCCUGUUCCUCUCGGGAUUCCAGAUGUUGUGAUAAGUCGACGGAGUGUCUCUGUAGUGCCUGCUUACUGUGUGUUUGUUGCCCUCUAGCCGUCGUGUGGGGUUGCUUCAAACUUCCAUGCAAGAUAGGAUGGCGUGCUGCAAAAAAUGCAAGGCGCUGGGCUGGUUGUGGAUCAGAGAUGAGAGAUUUUGCAGCAUAUUCUUCAUUUUCUGACGACGAUUCAGAUUGCCUGCCAACUAAUAAUAAGCACGCAUGCUCUAAGACUUCGGCUGCUCCAAAGAAGAUUGUGACAAAGAGGGUUCAUGAUUUGGAAUUUACCAAGCCUGCACCUAGCUAGUUUUUCUGUUUUUGUUCCUCCAAAUUUACCCAUGAAAGUCCAGCGGCCUUAUAUACCUUUCAAUUUCUGAUCUUGUUGCCUGCUUUAUCGUUCUUUCUUGAUGUUGAUCGUGUGAUUGUUGCGUGCCUUUUCAUGUGCAUACACUUUGUGACGAUCUAUGAUGAGGGUGUUGUUAGAACUGGCGGAGGUACGCGGUGCACGCCAGUUGUUCGAAAGAAUGCCAAAGAGGCUUGUAAGUUUCAACAAGCUCACCUGACAAUCUACCCAUGCGUGAAGGACAUUGUGGUUUCCUUAGAAAACCCUGGUCAUCAUCUCUUAAAUGCCACUGCAACAUGUAAGUUUCAAUAUAAUUUUAAUCCUGAUCCUAAAUGCUUGAAUAUAAAUUAAAUAAUUAAAUUCA